UGGAUGUAUAGGGGGGGGGGGGGGUUAUGUUUAGUUGCAGUUUUUUAAAAAUGUCUUUCUCAUUCACAUAUUAUCUGAUGAUAUUAGUUUACUAUUACAAGCCAUUGUAAAAAUCUAACGUUAACUUGUCUUACAGACAACUGCACGAGCAGAUUCCAUUUUUUUUCUUCACUUGCGUAAUAUUUCCGAAAUGAAAGUGAAAGUUCUUGGAGUCGAAUGGCGCAGCGAAAGACAUCUCCCGAAGACAGUUUUGUAACAUUAUGAGUUUAAACGUCAACAUUGUUAUCUGUUUAUUUCUCUGUGCGGAGGUGCCAGGAAUCCAGUCUUUAGAACAGGUGCCUUGGCUGCCCUGUAUGCUGGUGGAUGAACGUGUAAAGUUCAAUGAUGAGGGACAUGCUGAAACCCAGUACCAACACAGAAACGCUGGGCUGCAGUUUGGCCAUCCAGGGGACAGUGCAUUGAACCCUAAUGCCAUCACCUUCCUUGUUACAGGCUCUAAGGUGGACAUGAGGAAGUACAUUGAAGGAGCAGUAGUGGAGCACCAGCUGCAGUGUGAGAUCCGCAGGUACAGCACAGAGGGUAUCCAGGUGCGUUGGCCAGGUUUAGGAGCCCAGGAUCACGACAUCUGGUUCACCUGCACCUUACGGCACACCGACGGCCUUUUCGUCAUCACCAGCUUCCUCAGACAUACCCCUGCCACGCCCACACCUGGCCAGGCAGACUACCGCAACUGGGCGGCCAUCGCAGACAGAGAGAUGCUAACCACCUCAACUGUGAUGCUAGUCUUCACCCGCACUCCCUCUGUGUGGGUGGGCCUAAUGAAGCAAUCGAGCCUGCACUGUCAGUUUGACGUGGACCACAAGGCAGCCGACCUGACAGUGGAAUGGCGUUUGCAGCGACGCAGCGAACGCACCACGCUCUUCAGCCACUCCAGCCGCUCGGGCCAGAGGGAGGGGGGCGGGGUGGAGCUUAAGGGCAUCGGUAGGGGCGAUGCAUCCCUAACGCUCCCCCUCACCAAGCAGAGCAGCGAGGGGACGUAUGUCUGCCUUGUCUCGGUGCCUCCGCUGUUUGGCAGCCAUGAAAUCGCUCUGCACAUCAUGGAGCCUCCUCGCGUGUCCCUGAACGUAGACUCUGUCAUCUCCUUGGUGGACACGGAGAGGCAGAAGAUGGUGUGUGAGGCAGUGGGCUACUACCCCCUGGACGUGGAGAUGGAGUGGUUCAGGGAGCCCAGUGGUGGAGGUGGAGGCCUCCUACCAGAGAAGCUGGACACUGUCCUGUACUCCAGCCACCGCCACCACCAGGACGGGACCUACUCUCUGUCGGCCUUCUUCCUGCUCCACGCUUCCCUGCACGACUCGGGCUCCAAGUACUUCUGCAGGGUGUCUCACAGCUCCCUGCGCAUGCCCAUCCGCAAGAGCUUCACCCUCAUCGUCACAGAGGUUGACAGUUGGAACUUCCUGUGGUUGUUCUUUGGCUGUGGAUUCAUCCUUGUCAUGGUGGCCACUUUGUGUGUGAUGCUACCCCGCCUGAGCUCAGCAAGAAAAGCAAACAAGAGAAAGCCCUACUGAAAGAACAUGCCAGAGUGGUUAGAGCUGAUCUCCAUGGAUACAGGCAUGCCAUUCCUACCCUCCUUCUCUUCAUCUCAGUACUUCUCGAUCAGGGGGUUUGUUUCGGGAAUGUGGGUAUAGUGUGUGUCCAUCAAGUCAUUUGAUAUAGGGUAAUGUUUCUCCCAUUAUAAAAGUACAGAAGAUAUAGAAAGAUUGAUCAUGUGUUUUUCAUUAUUUGAGAACGAGGGACUAUCCCACAAGGUCAUAGCACUGCUCUAUGAUAAUACCACUAGUUUAAUUUUGCUAUAAAAAAUACUUGACAUGGAAUAAUGAUUGUCUUUAAAAAAAAUGCAUGAUCAUGUUUGAUAUGAAAAUAUGCACUAAGAAAUGUAUUUGUAUGAAGUUGUUGUUUUCAUUUGAAUUUAAUAGUUGCUGCUGUUUUGACUGUUUUUGCUCUAGAGAUUUCUACUAAGUUAGCGGAGCAGAGAGAGUGCGAUGUCAAAUCCAAUCAAGCUUUAUUUAUACAGCACAUUUCCGACAUGGAAUGCAACGCAACGUGCUUCACAGGAAGAAAACAAAUAAAAACAAUGAAAAUAAAAACUGAAAUAUUUACGACACAAGAGAAUAAAAACAAGAGGAUAAAAACAAAAAGAAUAACAAUGAAAACUGAAACACUAUAAAGCACCCUAAGGAAAAGCUAUGCUAAAAAGGUGUGUUUUAAGAUCUCUUAAAUAUGUCCACAGUUUUGGCCCCCCUUGGGUUCUCUGGCAGGCUAUUCCAGAGGCCGGGGGCAUAUUAACUGAAGGCUGCCUCUCCAUGCCUCUUGGUCCUAGGCUUUGGGAUAGUUAAAAGGCCAGUGCCAGAGGACCUGAGGGAUCUACUGGGUACAUAACUUAAAAGUAUGUCUGACAUGAAUUGGAGUGCACAAUCGUGGAUUGAUUUAAAAACCAAUAGAAGAAUCUUAACAUUAAUUCCACAGCUCACAGGCAGCCAGUGCAGAGACCUUAUGACCUGUGUAAUAUGUGCUCUCCCUCUGGUCUUGGUCAGUACCCGUGCUGCAGCAUUCUGUAUGUUUAGCUGUUGACCAAUGGCUUUCUUGGGCAGACCAGACCAGCCAGGAGAACAUUACAGUAGUCAAGCUUGCUUGUAAUAAAAGCAUGGAUGAAUCUUUAUGUAUUAGCCUGCGAGAGAAACGGCCACACCUUGGCAAUGUUCCUCAGGUAGUAAAAAGCUAUUUUGGUCACAUUCCUAAUGUGUGAUUCGAAAUUGAGUUCAGAAUCUAAAAUGAAGCCUAGGUUUUUUACCUGAUGUUUUAUCUUUAUUGCCUGUGAAUUAAAAUGUGUGGCCUGA